AUGCACGACAAAGUUUGCACCGCAAUCGCCAAAGUGGGGUCCGCACCAGUGAUGCAAUGGGCCCGUGAAAAAGGAUUUCCACUGUACGAAGAAUCCUAUGUCCUCUGCAACGUAGCAGCAGAAAACGGGAAUAUGGAUAUUCUCAAAUGGGCUCAUGAAAAUGGCUGCUCAUGGAACGAACGGACAUGUGCAAAUGCUGCUAUGGGUGGGCAUUUGGGUGUAUUGCGGUAUGCCCGCGAAAACAGCUGCCCAUGGGACAAAUACACAUGUGCCAAUGCUGCCCAACAUGGCCAUUUGGCAACUCUGAAGUACGCCCAUGAACAGGGCUGCCCAUGGGACAAAUGGACAUGUUGCUAUGCUGCAAAAAAUGGCCAUCUGGAAACUCUGAAGUAUGCCCAUGAACAGGGCUGUCCAUGGGACAAAGGCACGUGUAAUGUUGCGGCUAAGAGUGGUCAGUUCGAUGUAUUGAAGUAUGCCCAUGAGAAUGGCUGUCACUGGAAUGAAGAAACUUGCAUGUAUGCUGCUGGGAGUGGUCAUUUGGAUAUUCUCAAGUAUCUUCAUGAAAAUGGUUGCCCAUGGGACAAAUACACAUGUGUCAAUGCUGCGCAUGCCCAAAAUGGCCAUCUGGCAACUCUGAAGUAUGCCCAUGAAAAUGGCUGCCCAUGGGACGAAUACACCUGUUGCAUGGCUGCUAAGGGUGGCUAUUUGGAAAUCUUGAAGUACGCCCAUGAGAAUGGUUGUCCAUGGGACGAAGGGACUUGUAUCCAUGCUGCCCAGUUUGGACAUCUGGAAGUCCUGAAGUUUGCUCAUGAACAUGGCUGCCCAUGGGACAAACGGACUUGUUACUGGGCUGCGUACUAUGGGCACUUGGAGACAUUGAAGUAUGCCCAUGCAAUUGCUGUCCUUGGGAUCGUUCUUCGGUCAUGGCAGCCGCAUGGGUCUAUGGGUGCAGGGAUGUCAUCCAAUGGGUAA